CCGCUUGGAAAACAGGAAACAGCCUUCGUUGACUCCACCAAAGGAAGAGCAAGAUGUCUAAGUUGGACGUGGAGGAUUUCAUUCAGCAAAACAGAGCAGUAGCCGACCAGGUGGAGACUUAUCGGGGCUACUGGGAGAGCGAGAAGCACUGGGAGCCGCGGAGGGAGUUCAUCCUGCGGAACAUAGGCGACUUCGACGACGAGCAGCUGGACCAGCUCCUCUCCUUGUCCAUGGUCUGGGCAAACAACGUUUUCCUCGGCUGUCGGUACAGCACUGAGCUCCUGGACAGGGUGAAGGAAAUGGCCGAAGGCAUCGUGGUGGAGGAUGCACCGGUUUUCAAGACGAGAGAUGAGAUCAUGAAGAAGCAACAGGGUCGAUGAUCAGAACGAUAGUUUCGGAUCAAGACUGAUCAGCUGUUAAGCACAGACAGGAUGUCCUCAAAUCAGCUUGGACUAUGUUUUUAUGGUUUUACAAUCCUGCCUCAUUUAUAUUGGAUUUGAAAAGCAGAAAGACUGGCCUUUUUUGUAGAGGGACAGCAAAUCGUUUUUUGUUCACUCAUUUCUAACCAUGAUUUUGCAUUUUUAAGUGUCGAGGAAUGUGUUUAUUGUAUAAAUUCAUGUGAAAGAUGACUGGAUGUUCUUAAUCUGUGAAGCAGAAUAAAGGACUUGUUUUCUA